AUGGACGAGUACACUCUCGUGGUGAGGAAGCCCUGUUUUGGCUUGCCUACUGCUUGCCCUUCAUGCUUGCCGGUCUUCUUCUACCUCAAGUUUGCUAAUGUUCCCUUUCACUUGGAUUACAAUCUUACCUACCCUGACUCUGAUAAAAUCCCUUAUAUUGAAUCUGGUGAGUACGUGACUUAUAAUAAUGAGAAGGGUGGCAUUAUCGAAAGACUGAAAGAAGAUCGCAUUGCUGAUUUGGACACUGAACUUCACUCAGUUCCGGAAUGGAUAUCUACAAAGGCAAUGAUUAGCUCCUGGCUUGCUGAUGCAAUCAAGUAUGAACUCUGGUUGGGAACAGAUGGUAGUUCUGCCGAAACGAUAUAUUAUUCUGAUCUCCCAUGGCCAAUUGGAAAGAUUCUAUUCUUAAAGCAACUGCACAAAACAUACAAGAGAGCCAGCCUUGCAUUUGGAGCCCUGUCAAGCAGGUUGGAGGAACAUAACUUUUUAUUUGAAAACAGGCCAUCAAGUUUGGAUGCACUCUUUCUUGGGCAGGCACUUAUCACUCUUCAAGCAUUACCAGAAACAUCAGUGCUGCGGAGCAAGCUUUUAGAACAUGAAAACCUUGUUAGGUAUGUUGAUAGGCUUAAGACGGAGUUCGUGGAUGCAGGUUCUUCAUCUUCAGUCCCAGACUACCCUUCAUCAGCAGCUCCUAGAAGAAGUCCUUCAAAUUGGAGUUCUAAGCCCAAGAGCAAACCCAAAAGGGAAAAAACAAAGGAGGAGAAAAGUUUUAAGAGAAGGUCCAAAUAUUUUUUGGUAGCACAGCUGGUUUCAGUUGUACUUUUCGUCACUCUCAUGGCCCGAGCGGAUGAUGCUGAAAUUGAGCUUGAUGAUGAUGAAGGAUAUGAGUAA